AUGACAGGUGCUAAAGAUGUUAAAACAGUAGUGUAUAGAAAUAUUAUUGCCCCGACUAUUGAAGCUAUGACAGGUACUAAAGGUGUUAAAACAGUUGUGUAUAGAAAUAUUAGUACCCCAACUAUUAAAGCUAUGACAGGUGCUAAAGAUGCACGAGACUGUGACGAUGACAACACUGACAAGGCAAGUAAACCAAUACAUUACGAUUUAAAAUCGAUUUUAAGGAACGAAAACAACUAUAAAAAUGCUCGCCCCACAAGCGCAAUCGAAACUUUACCGUCGAGUUUAUGGCUUCUGUGA